UUUAGUAUACGAAAUGAAUCCGAUUGUUGCUUACAGUUUGUUGUUACUGGCGGCAUCCCCGAUGGAUGCCGCUCGGAUUCUGGGCGUCUUUCCUAUCCCAUCCCAUAGCCAUCAAAUUGUUUUCUUUCCAAUCAUGAAAGAAUUGGCAAAUAGAGGACACGAAGUAGUAGUAAUAACUACAGAUCCAGUAAAAGAGGAGAUCAAAAAUUUCAAGCAAAUUGACGUGAGUUACGCAUACGAAAUUUGGAAUAAUAUACACAAUUUUACGAAAAUUAUCAAUGAGACUAACAAAAAUCCAUUUAAAAUGAUGAAUAAAUGUAUGUACAUGUUAAAUGACAUAGCCAUUUACAUAUUAGAACAUCCAGAAGUACAUAAAUUAAUUAAUGAUAAAAACGAACAUUUCGAUCUUCUGAUGCUUGAGUUCAUGUUGCCAACGUUCCUCGCGUUCAAGCAUAGAUUCAAUUGUCCUAUGAUUGGAUUAACAUCUAUGGAUUCGCCUUACUAUGGUCACAUGGCUGUCGGAAAUCCGGUUCACGCUGUUAUUUAUCCUGAUUCGUUUUUACCUUUCCAAACGAACAAGAUGAAUUUCUUUGAAAGAUUGCAAAGUUUUAUCUCUAUACAAAUCGCAAUAAUUUAUAACGAGGUUAUUGGUAAACCAAUGGAGGAAAAAAUAGUAGCAAAAAUAUUUGGAAGCGACUAUCCUUCACAGACUGAUCUUACAAAUGCAAUCGAUAUGCUUUUCAUAAACGUUAAUUAUAUCUUUCACACUGUAAGACCUCUGACACCAGCCACUGUUACCAUUGGUCCAUUCAUCCAAAUGAAACCACCCAAGGAUUUACCAAAAGAUUUGAAAUUAUUUCUGGACGAAGCAAAAGAAGGAGUGAUUUAUUUUAGUUUGGGCUCCAACGUCAAAAGCAAAUAUAUUCCGGAAGAAACGCGCGAGGUUAUUAUGAAAUCGUUCGCCAAACUUCCUUAUAAAAUCCUUUGGAAAUUUGAAUCUGAAAAUCUACCUGGAAAGCCAGACAACGUGAAAAUCGUCAAAUGGACUCCACAGCGAGACGUCUUAAGCCACAAAAACAUCAAAUUGUUUAUCAGCCAAUGUGGAUUGCAAUCGUUAGAGGAGAGCCUAUACAAUUAUGUGCCUAUUCUCGGGUUGCCGUUCUUUGGUGAUCAAACAGGCAAUGCCUUCAAAUUGGAAUCAAAUGGAUUAGGGUUAUUCUUGGACUACAAUGAAUUGACGGUCGAGAAAUUUACAUUUAGCAUCAACGAAAUCAUCAAUAAUCCCAAGUAUAAAAAUAAAGUUAAGGAGAUGACAAAUUUAAUUCAGGAUCAGCCAAUGUCCGGUUUGGAUAGAGCUGUUUGGUGGACAGAAUACGUCUUGAGGAACAAAGGGGCGCAGCACUUGAAAGGUCCUGCUGCAAAUAUCCCCACAUACCAAUAUUACUAUUUGGAUAUAAUUUCAUUCUUCGUAUUUAUAAUAUUACUAUUAAUAUUUUUAAGUGGUUUUAUCAUCAAGAAAUGUUUCAAGUUAGUCUCAAAAAAGAUUAAGCGUGAUUAAUUUCGGUGGAGCAAAAUAAAUUAAGUUUUCAUUUUA